AUGAAAAUAGAAUUAAUGGACGGUACUCCACCAGGCUCUGUGUACGCGUGCAAUCCCUCCGGCUGGAUGAAUAUUGAGGUUUUCUCUCAGUGGUUUGACCAUUUCUUGUCCCAUACUAAACCAUCUACAGAAGAUCCCAUACUUCUAAUACUGGACGGCCAUCUUUCUCACACCAGAAAUUUGGACGUCAUAAUAAAAGCCAGAGAAAAUAACGUAACAAUUUUGUGCUUACCCCCACACUGCACGCACAAACUUCAACCACUCGAUGUUGGUGUAAUGUUUCCACUGAGCGUGUAUCACAACCAGGCUUUAGAAAGGUGGAUGAAUAAUAGUGCGGGUCGUGUAGUAACAGUUUUUCAAAUAGGUAAAAUCUUUGGAGAAGCAUAUUUGAAAGCUGCUGCACCCUCAAAUAUUAUCAAAGGAUUUGAAAAGUGUGGAAUAUGGCCGCUCAAUCCUGAUGUUUUUACUGAUGUAGACUUCGUUGCUGCCACCACAACUGAUCAAGCAGUAAGUAACGAAAUAUUGGUGCCCCAUCCAUCAAUAAAUAUAGCGCCUGAUGAAAUUCAAGUUUUUGGUGACCAUAAACCGCGACAACUUAUACCCAGGGCUCCUGUACUUCCAGCCGAUUCUACGACAUGUGUACUAGUUGAUGAACCAUCCAACCUUACUGCUGUGUCACCUUGUACCUUAUCGACAUGUGCAGCCCACAAGCAAGGAGAGAAUAACGAAUACCGUGUAGCUGAAGCACCUACUACUAUUCUGGCUUCCAACGAAAGUAUUUCUAACAGCUUGAGAAGUUCAGCCGCCAUUCCAUUACCGUGGACAUCAGUUGAAGUAUCUUCCGUCUACGAUAAUGUUUCGCCUUCUACCUCAUCCAUAACUACGAAUACACCAUCUCUUGCAGCUGCUGCUCAAUCGGCGUCUUAUGACACUUCGGAUAAAGAUUCAUUUGCAUCACCAGUUGCGUCCACAUCUUUUAGCAUCCCUCCAUGCCAGAUUCGACUUUUCCCUAAAAUGGCAGAAGAACGUAGAAAAAAUAUCAAGGCUCGAGUAUGUACAGCAAUCCUUACAAGUUCGCCUUAUAAAAAUUACUUAGAAGAGGAAGUUAAUAAAAAAAAUGAAAAAGAACGCAAAAAAAUAAACGCAACGAAAAUAAAAAGAACUCAAUCAAGGGAAAUUCUAAAUCAAAUGAGGAAAAAGGAAAAAGAAAAGCAAAAGAAAAUGUGA